AAUAAUUCAAGUUAUAGGCGAACAAAAUAUGUCUAAACUACCAGGAAAUGCUACAGUUCCCCUGAACUGUAGCCUCUGCCCGAAGAACCCCCAGUUCUCCGAUAUCUCGCACUUGCUUACCCACAUAUCGUCGAAGGGUCACCUUUCCUGCAGGUUCAAGCUACAAAUUCGCUGUCAAGCGGAGCCCGAAGCCAGGAGUCAACUCGAUGCAUACGACGCUUGGUAUGCCGACAACAGUCUUGAGGGGUUACUGGCGGAACGCCUUGUGACCAAGGAGCAGAAAAAUACCGUGAAGCGAAUGAGAAGCUUCCAGAAACCUCUAAUCAAAGAGAAUAAAAGUGAGAGCGAGACAAAUGAGAGAAAGAUUGAAGACAUGGACUCGUCAAUCAGCCAACUCAUGGCUACACCCGCAUACAAAGCUCCCGUUCCACGCAUACAUUUAUGGUCCACCUCGCCGGCGCUCUUGGACACACCAUCCGAUUCGGUGCCUUCUAGCCGUUGGGACACGAAUGAUGCUUAUGCUACUCCAACAAUGCAACGAUUCGUCCCAAAUUUUACCCAGGAUGACAGCCCGGGUACCCAAAACCUUUUCAGAGCCUCGCCUGCUCAGGUAAAGCGAGUUGAGUUGCAGGUUGAUGCAGACAGCGACAACAGCAGACUCAAAGGAGUUUACUGGCCUGGUAUGGAUCUUUUUGAUUCCGCCACAGCUGAAAUGAAGCGGAUGCGCAAUCAAAGAAAGGAUGGAUCCAUCCUUGCACAAAUGCAAACAACAUCCCGUGAGGUUGAACCCAACGAGAUUAUUUAUAACACCCAAGGGGAGCUCCAGAGGAUUAGAGACAUAUACGAUUCGUCAGUGGAAGGUAGCCCCGUAAAGAUCGAGAAGGCGCCAUCUCCAAAGAAGCGUCGUGCGCGAAAGUCGAAGGCGUCAUCUGAUAUUCCCAAGCCCAACAUUUCUGAUUCCAAAAAUGUCGCCAAGGGGGGCAAACAAAAACGUCCUGCUGCAAAGCGAAAGGCUGCAGCUGUGCCUGUUGUUCCAACUGUGACUGCUGAUACAGAACUGAACCAAAAAGUGCCAAAGCAGAAUGUCUUGGGAGAUUCAAGCAGCAACUUGUUUACUCGCAGUAACGACGAGGAUGAAGAAUUCAGGCUAACAGUUGAAAAUAUGGGCAAGAAACGUCAAAUGAGUGUCUUCAAAGAUGCUGUGGAGGACAGCCCUGGACGGACUGAAAGCCCACUUGAGGACCACAGAUUUGAUUUCUCUCACAGCCUUCCGCUUGAGAAUGUGUCUUCAAACAUGAUUGUGCACACUUCCCCACGGGCAAUUCAAUCGCCGCUGGCCAUGAGAUUUGGAGGCAAAGAAAACAUGCAGCCUGAUUAUCUGAACAGGAGAUCCGGUGCUGCUAGUGCCCCUGGAAAUGUUUACCCACCGCACGCUUUCCACGACCAUACAGCAAAUCCUCUCAUUUACAACCCCUACUCGUAUUCAUUCGGAUUCGGCGAGCCUCCAGCAUUCCACGGAGAUCCUAAGCAACUACAGUCUGGCUUCAAUGGGGACUUUAAGCCUGCCGUGGCGCCCGGCCAUUUUAGGGAAUCCAACUCUACCAGACGCCAGAAUCAAUACACCAACAAGGGGUUUUCAUAUGCAAUGUAAUCGACUCGAGUCAUACUGUUGCUUUGCCCGUUUCAAUAGCAGACACGGAACUCUACUACAUCAUCCCCGAUGAUUUAUCGCUGGCAAACUCUAUGUAUCACUUUGGGCUGACAGCAUUAAGACCCGUUUGAAGAUCACCACAUCGACUGCUAUGCUUGUGCGAAGAUGGCGUGUUCAAUAUUGCUUAAAAGUGCUUAGAGCGUCAUUCAUGUAGCUUUACAAUGCUCUUUUUCGAUAUCGAGCUUUCCUGUGGGCGCUAAUCGAUUGGUAGUUAGUUAUUUUUAACACAAU